UUUUCAGACCUCACGGUAACGGCAACUGACAGGGCUUAUUUUUCCAUCGGAAACAAAAAGCUUUGUCACAGGUUAGUCUUGGACUGAUUGGUAAACAUUUUUGGGGUUGAACUGGAGCACUGAAGGAGUUAGCACUGUGUUACUCUAACCACACGGGACAGGGAUUUAACACUGGUUAUGGGGCUCAGAGGAGGCAUAGGCUGCCUUCUUGCCUUAUUUGCGGGCCUACUAUGGCUAGAAUCUACGUACUCACAGCAAAUCCUACCCGAUUGGCCGAAGAUCGGCGACCGUAUAACGCAACCGUUCCUUGACCAGCUCAUGGUCAGUCAGUUGCUCGAACAAAACCUUACCCUCGGCUUCUUCUUGAAAGGCCUCAACGGUCCACCAGGACCCCCAGGGCCUCCAGGCCCUCCCGGAGAUCCUGGACCUCCGGGAUUAGCCGGUCCUGCCGGAACACCCGGUCAUGUGGGUGAAGAUGGUGCCCCUGGAGCAACAGGUACAUCCGGGCCACCAGGACCACCUGGACCUCCCGGAAUACCUGGAGAAAAGGGAGACCCCGGAGAGCAGGGAGCCCCUGGUGCUGCUGGUCUUCCCGGUGCCCCCGGUCUACCUGGAGCGCAAGGACCUAUGGGUCCUGCUGGUCCUGAACCAAUCAUGCCGAACUUCACUGUAAUCUGCGAAGGCGAGAAGGGCUGGGUACAAUGCAAACAAUACGAACUCAUCAAGAUCACCAAGGCAUUCUGGGGUCGUGACGACCACGUGACGUGUCCCAAGAUUCCAGCAGGGCUCACAUCCGACAGACUGUGCGAAACAACGUCAGAAAACACUUUGAAAAAAGUAAAUGGACAGUGUAAAAACGAACAAGCCUGUGAAGUGGUGGCUUCAAACAUUUUCUUCGACGACGACACUUGCGGUAACGUGUACAAGUAUUUAAAAAUCUGGUACGAGUGCAUUCCGGAUGAAGCAAACGCCGUGGACGUAUUGAAAGAUGGAGGCAAGCGACGACGUCGACGAAAGAAGAAGAGGGCAACAAAAGACAAACGGUCCUCAAAGGAAUAAGCACAGACUGUAGAAUAACAAAAUUAACUUAAAACUUCUACGUUACUACGUUACUUCAACAGCAACUCGAUUUUCCUGAGGCACUUUAGCUUCGGUGUUCAUCACUUUGCAAAACAUUCUCGUUAACAAAAAAAAAGCAUGCUUACUUGUUAAGCAAAUUUUCGCAUUCAGCAGCAAAACCCACAUGAGUGAGCGGCGUCCGAGCACUUUGUGUCAAUAUGUAUGUAUAUUGAAGUUUAACUUUAUUUGAUAAAGAAUGUACCAAUUGAGACCCAAGUCAUUUAGGUGACUGCAUUAGUUUGAUUCAGGAGGGAAAAACCAGAUGUACUGGUUUCAGGGGUGGGGACGCGCGGAAUAGCCGCACCCCUCCCUUCUUAAGUUGUGUUGAUUCGUUUUCUGAACACUCUGUACAAUAUUUUCGGGAAGAAUGUUAAAUUAAAAGAAGCAGGAGACCUGUACAAUAGGCUUGCCAUUCGUUUCGUUAUCGGUAAGUUUGAGCUAAAAUAAAAAGUAUUAACAACGUACCAGACGAAGUUUGGACUAAACAUGCGACUCAGUUUGACAAGUCGCCACGCAUUUGUGUAUUCAAACAUAUUUGUUUUGGUAUGUCAUUUGUGAACGACCUCCAGCAAUGGGCUUGCUUGGAACAUAACUAUGGUCAAGGUUAAACAAAAUGGAAAUAAAUUAGAGGUUUUCUUCA